AGGAGGAGCCCCGACUUUCAUUGAAACCAUUUUUGUAAACAUAGCCAGCUAGCUAAUAUGUUGUUGUGAUAAGACACUUCGCUAUCUAGUUAACAAGUUAAGGUAUAUUAAUACUUUUUGUGAGUUUUCGAUGUUAUUUUUUGUUUCGAUAACGACAGAUUCCGAUUUCUAUUUCUAUUCACUGGUUUCUGGACGAGAAGAAGCUGUGUUUGACUGCGCAGCCAUUUUCCGCUAGGUAUCGUCAACUGCAGGGGCGUGUAAAGUUAUUGUAGCUGUAUCGCUACAAUACACAGCUUGAGAAUUAAUGUAGUCAGAUGAACCUACGACCCGUCUAAUAGAAGGUAUUUGUGGAAUUUACUGUUAAGAGAACUCCAUGAUCGAGAGACAUUUUAUGUUGGAGUCAUUUUACCUAAGUAGUUACUACUUUUUUUUUGUUGUAGUUAGCGAACAAACUUUUGCGUGGCUGCUAGCCGGCUCCGCGUUUUUCUUUACUUUUCUGGUGCACAGCUGGGUGACUUUAAAUUUUUCAAGAUAAUUGUAGUUUCGUAUGUAAGUUACAUACGACAGUACGAAUAUUAAGUAGCAGUUGGUUACAAAAACAAGAAGUGAUUGCCAGUGUUUAAAUGAAAAUGCAGUGUUUCAGUCGCGGUCGUCGGCAUGGAAGUUCGUCUCCAAACGCUCAAGCAAUAGUACGUCAAAAGUUACAGUUCACGCCGAGCGAUGAAGAAGACGAACCAAUCGAAGAUGGUAACAGCAGUACAGGAGCUGAAUCUGGAUUUACUGAACUGGACUCUCCGAUGCACCAGAGACGGGACAGUGUCGACAAACGACUCGAGGACAGUAGCCCCCUUAUUAAUCGGACGGGUGUGGACGGUGAUGUUGAACUAUGGGAUGAAGAAGGAUUUGGUUCUCCGUCUCAUCCUCAAUCCACCAGUAACGUUAUUUUCUCGAGGGGUUCCCCAUCACCUCGGAAAAGCUCCAGGCUGUACGGCGGCAGUUCACCCGAGCGGUCUUAUGUCCCGGACGAUGGAGAAGUUUCGAGCUCACCUAUUCCAGACUGCCCGGACACGCCGCCACACAAAACCUUCAGAAAACUUCGUCUUUUUGAUACUCCGCACACACCAAAGAGUUUGCUCAAUAAAGCCAGAACUGCCAGCUCAGCAUCCUCAAGUAGGAGAGUGGCUCUCUUUGGGAAUGUGGAUUCAACUGGAAAAACUGGUCAAGACGUCAGGAGAAACCAGACCCCUUUAGUCAACAUCAACCCCUUCACCCCCGAGUCCCUCCUCAUUCAGUCUGUCACUCAACAGAGGACAAACCGGAAAAGAGCACACUGGAAUGACUCCUGUGGUGAGGACAUGGAGGCAAGUGACGCUGAAACAGAGGAAGAAAUCCUUCCCCCGCCAAAGAGGAUCACCAUGAUGGAGAGCAACAUGAAGUCCAGGUACACCUCAGAGUUCCACGAGCUGGAGAAGAUUGGCUGCGGGCAGUACGGCGCCGUCUUCAAGUGUGUGAAAAGACUGGACGGCUGCGUCUACGCUAUCAAGCGCUCGAAGAAGCCCCUGGCCGGCUCCGUAGACGAACAGAAUGCGCUGCGGGAGGUGUACGCCCACGCCGUCCUGGGCCAGCACCCCCAUGUGGUGCGCUACUACUCGGCCUGGGCCGAGGACGACCACAUGCUCAUCCAGAACGAGUACUGCAACGGGGGCACCCUCUCGGACAUCACGGCCGCCAACCGCAGACGGCUCACCUUCCUGUCUGAGCUGGAGCUGAAAGACCUGCUACUGCAGGUGACACGCGGCCUCAAGUACAUCCACUCGUCCUCGCUGGUCCACAUGGACAUCAAGCCGAGCAAUAUUUUCAUAUCUCGCAAGACCGUCUCCAGCGUGGACGCGUGCGACGAGGAGGAGGACGAGAGCGACGGUACGGCCACCAGCAUCGUGUACAAAAUAGGAGACCUCGGCCAUGUGACCAGGGUGAACAAUCCUCAGGUUGAAGAAGGGGACAGCAGGUUUCUGGCCAAUGAAAUCCUUCAAGAGGACUACAGUAACUUGACGAAGGCAGACAUCUUUGCCCUGGCCCUCACUGUGAUCAGUGCCUCUGGGGCGGAGCCAUUGCCCUCCAACGGGGAUAGGUGGCACGACAUCCGCCAGGGAAAUUUGCCUCCCAUUCCACAAGUACUCUCUCAGGAAUUCCUGAGUCUACUAAAGCUGAUGAUCCACCCUGACCCUGCCAGACGUCCAUCCACCUCUGACCUUAUCAAACACCCGGUGCUGUUGACUGCAGCUAGAAUGAGCGCUGACCAGCUCCGUGUUGAACUCAAUGCUGAGAAGUUCAAGAAUGCCCUGCUUCAGAAGGAGUUAAAAAAGGCCCAGAUCGCCAAAGCAGCAGCCGAAGAGAAGGUUCUGUCCACAGACAGGGUACUGACCCGCUCUACUGUCCAAUCCAACCCCAAAACCUCCAGACUCAUCGGCAAGAAGAUGAACCGCUCAAUGAGCCUGACCAUAUACUGAGACCGACUCGAACACUGUUGCCCCUAAGAGGGGAGCAGCAAAUAAUGGUGCUUGAUCACAGACUCAAACAGAUAUUGAGAAUCCCAUCAUGUACGCUGGUGGAUACGAAUGGCCUUGAUUCUAUUAAGGGUAGAGAGAGGGGCCCCGUUUCCAGUGGUUACAGGAGAACCCCGUGCUGUAGGUGGACCUUUCUCGCCAGACUCUGUAAGGACUGAAAGUAGAUUUUGCCGUGCUCAGUCCAUACAUAUGACUGACUUGGCAGUCGUCUCUGUAGGUGGACUCACCCAUCUAAACAUUUAUCAGAACCAAUCCUGAUGGCAUACAGUCAUUCUGCACGAUUCCUGCUCUGCUGUACUCUUUUGUUUUUGUCAGCCUCAAGUCUAAGUAGGCUUUUCCGAUGCGUGCCGCUGUACUCCUGGCACUUCCAUGAAAGCAUUGCUCUUUGUUAAAUGGGCAUAGAGAGGCCCUCAGUGUGUGAAUGUACCAGACCAAGAUGUGCAGAGUACUGCUAGUCAACCAGGGGGCCAUCUGGUGCUGACCAUGCUGUUAAAUAAGAGCACUUCGGAGGCACCGGCAGAACCUGCCACAUGCAACCUGCUGCUAUUCAUGUUUGUUUGUAAGAGAUGGUUGGUGGAUCUGGGUGGUUUGAAAUCAUGGAUUUUGAAGUAGUACUUCAGCCUGUAAUACAGCCUGUACAUUUUCAGACACUGAUGCAGCCAGCGUAGCAAUAAAAGAUUGGUAGGUUCUGGUUUAUAACUCUAUAGCCUGUAUAUAUGUUAUUUUAAUAAAUUCUUAUCAAAGUUG